GGAAACGAAUUUCUGAUCUAAUCAUUAUGGCCAUAAACACGGCGACAAAACAAAAGGCCAUUUUAGAGUUCUUUUCUGUUCUGUUUCGAAUGUGACGUCUUGCAGGUGCGAAACCUUUCGCGCGAAAACGAGUUUAUUCCGGCACAUGCUCGCUUUCGUACCAGCGGAACUCAUUUUCACCUGUGUGGCGGCAUAUGCCUUUUACGAAACUGAGAGAAACUGCAACCUGGAAAUAGAGACGUCAGUAAUAAUUUAAACUUUCACGGUAGAACUCCGCAUUUAUCAACAUCACGUAGAGAAGUUCAGUUCUUGAGAAGACACUUUCUAUAUUUCCUGACAAUUUGGUCAUCACGAAGUCCAGGUCGUGGUUUUCAUUCAGUUAACGUCUUCCCGAGCGGAACACACGAACAGUUGAAUUACACCGACCGGCGCUGAGAAAAUAUGACGCUUAUGAAUCACAUAUUGAUGUUAUCUGACUUGAUCACGAGAAUUCAGUCAAGAGUGAUGUAAGGACUGGAAAGCCAGUGAGUAGGGCCGUGUCAUCAAUUUUGUACCAUACAAAUCUAGUCGGUACCAAUGUUCACCACAAACAAAAUUUUCACGUCUAGUAAAUAUCUGUUUGCGUUCUCCUGAGACGAUUUUCAAUCCACCAAAAUGACUUUUUAGUUCUAAUUUAAAUGAGAUUCACAGUGACCUAAUCUUGGAUGAAAAAAUUUCUGUUUCUAUGUAGUUAAGAUUCCACCAUAUCAAAUCUGUUCGAAAUACGGCUUAAUAACUGGAACGAUAUUUUCUUUUACUAUCAGAAUAUUCCCUUCGCUUCUAGAUCUAAAUAGACCUUGUUUCGUAAUAAAAAGUAUAUCUUUUGUUCUAAGUAGAACACGCGCUUAUGAUGAUGGUCACGGUUGACAGGAAAUUUUCAUUAAUAACAAAUGAUUUAGGAUCGAGACGGUGACUUAAUCUUGACGUGCAAUACUUUCUGUUUCCAUUCGUAAUUUCUACUUUAUAAAGCCGCUCCGCAAGGCUAAGCCUGUCAUAACGAAACACGAGAAGAGUUGAAACUAAUCAUGGUGUUGCUCAGCGUAACAACAGUAUUCAAAGUCACCAUUGCUUUGCUUGACAAAGGUCGACACUUGGCGGAAGAAAAGUUAAAAGAUGGCGACGUCACCGACCAACAAUUUCGUAACUUUAUUGUGCGUGAAAUCGAUGACAUCAAAUCAAAGCUCGAUGGAAUAUCACGAAAGGAUUUGGUAGCCAGUAUCAGUUUCUUCAAGGAGGGACUUGUGUACCUCUAUAAAGUGCUGGAUAUAAAAAACGGCGACGAAGAAGGUACUACCACAAGGACGACGGCAAAAGGAGCGGUUGCCACGGAAGGAGAGAAAGUAGAGGUCAUCUUACAAUCAUCAGAAGAUUGUAUGAAGACAGUCUUCCUUGCUAACGAAAUGACAAACUUCAUGAUACAACUGACCGAUCAAGAUGUCCUGGCUACAAGGGCGCUCUCCGACGCAAAAGACAGGUUUAAAGAUGCCCGCAGGAAAGCAACAGAAGCGUUCAGCAAUGAAGCUCUGAAUACGGCUGACCGCAUCUUAGCGAUGCAGUAUCGUGUUAUGGCGACAUUACUAGAGAAAGUUGACAAUCCAGCUGAAGCUCUAGCCGCGUGUAAAUUGUGUCUUGAGGAGCUGCAUUCGAUGACAGUGGUCCAGAAGAGUUUCAGCGUUCAGCUUAAACAAGGCUUUAAGUCUUGGUUUCACAAGGUUGAACGAAAAGAGAUAAUUGGCUCUGUCUGCCGGAUAAAUCGAGUUAUUUUUGAUGUCAGGCGACUGGUUGGUCCUAGUGAAGGCGAAGAAUUCUCCAUCUGGCCUUGUAUUGAUAUUGGAGGAGAGAAAGUUGAUCCAGUGUGUGACCAAAGGUUGGUUGGCUCAUCACACAAGCUCGGUAUAGAGUAUGUUUGUGUAGCACCAUGGUCAUUUGGCCAAGAGGGUGAAGAACAGCAUAAGCUCAAGUCACCGCUUUGCAUCGCCACUAACACAGAAGGCCAGUUUAUUGUUGUAGACCACGGUGAUCGCGACGUGAAAGUGUUCGACAAAAGCGGCCAGUACUUGACCUCCACCUGUCUUCCGAUUAACGACACCAACAGGUUCAUAAUUCAAGGCAUAACGACCGACCAGGAAGACAACAUGUACUUACUGGUCAGCUGGUAUUUCCAGAGAGAACUGGGAAGUCUCGUGUGCGUGUUUGAUAAGCACGCCAAGCUCAAUCACAAGUUUAACCUGAAGGGAGGGUGCCGCGGCUUUCUUAUAACAGUGAACAUCAAUGGCAGAGUGAUCGUAGCGGUGGAAAAAUCGCAGCACAUGCAAGUAUACGACACGAAAGGACAGUUUGUACAGAGUUUCGGUGAAAAAAUAUUGAAACAUCCUUGUGACAUGACUUCUGCUAGUGAUGGCUGUGUCAUGGUUUUGGAACACGAUUACUGUGUUCACAUAUUUAGUGCAAAUGGCGACCACCUUUCUCGAUUCACAUUGAAUGAAUCCAAACCGCAUCAUCCUCGUUUUAUAGCUUUCUUCCGGGCAACUGAGCAUGCUCUCGUUUUGUCGGUGGAGUACAAUCAUGAUUCUGGUGCAAAAUACCCAAGAACGCUGCAUGUUUACACCAAACAUGGUCAGUGUGUUCGCAACAUUCAUCUGGAUAAAGAAUCCAUGACAAUUCGUAUUGAUUCACGAGGAAUGACAGUCACUAAUGACGGACGCUUGGCGAUGUGUGUAUUUGAGGAAAGUGUAAACAAAUCCAAAGUGUAUAUUUUGUAACAGAAAAAAAAAAACAUUCACACACAUGCGACAAAAACUGUUGGACAAAGUUUGCUAUAUUUUCUUUUUCAUUGAAGAGAAAUCCACAAUUUUUUUAACUUUUAUGUAAAUUUUGAUACGUUAUAGUGUUAUGUAUUCUCAAGCUAUUUGUGUCGCGACAGGACGUCACAUUUGACGCCCGAGGAUAUGGUUGAUGAAACUGAAACAAGUGAUUCAUUCGUUUAAUACGAAUUUAAUAUGCAUAGUUUACAUAUAGACAUAUUAAUACCUGUAUCCACGCACAGUGUAGUAAACUCUUAACGAAACAGUAAGAUUAUGUCAACAAAGUUUUGCGAGGAGCCAACGAAGCUAUACUGAAUUUCCAAUAAACAGGUUAUGGUAUUUGAUACUUUUCUUUCUGCAAGUAUGGAGUGUUUACGGUCAGAACGGUUUUCACUCGAGUAUCGAAAGUAAUUUCAUUCGCAUUUGUUUUGGUCUGAUAACAUUCCCAAUUACUAAACAAAGCGAUUGACUCCAAAACCUCGCAUCACUUUGCAUCCAAUUGCUAUCAGAAGUAAAACCAAAACCUCGCUCGCACACGUUUUCCCGCGCUUCGGGCCAGCUAUAUAUAUUUUCUUUGAGUUUUGAUUGGUUCAAUGAAUUGUCUGACUGUAAUUGUGAUUUGAUUACCGAAGAUUUUGGCUUUACGGUAAUCAAUCUAGAACUGGUCAUAUGUGGUGUAACACUAUAGGGUGACUAGAGUGAUAAAAUAAAUGUUACAGAACUUU